AUGUAAACUAAUCAGUUACCUUCUUGUGUUAGUCCUAGAAAUUUCACUAAUUAUGUUUCUAAUGGAACAGGUUUAGUAAUAUAAUCAUAUUUUAAAGGAAGGGAUUAUUAUGUUGUUUAUUAUAAUGGUGGAUUAGCUAAAAACACUUAAGUACAUGAGGAAGGAUAUUAUGAUAGAAGACGUUUUUUAAGUGGUGAAAAUUAAAGUAAAGGAUUACCAUAACUUUCUCCAAAAUUCUAACAUUAUUAAGGAGAUGGAACUGGAAGAGAUUUUUAUAUUAAGUACUUUUAUUUAAGAAGCUUAGAAUAAAUGAAGGGGGAUAAUUUUCAAGUUCAAAAAAACAUAAUCAUUUGGCUAAUUUGAGAUCAUAUGAUAAAAUACCUUAGGAAUUUAGAACAAAUGAUUUUCUUAAGGCACCUUAAGUUUCUGUAAAAGAGAAAAUAAAAAUGAGAUAGUUAUCAUAGUAGAUUAAAUACAAUUAAUUAAAAAUAGGAAAUAAAAAGAGCUUUUAGAGAGAUUGUGUUCGCCGAGAAAUAAACAAAGUUGAUAAG